CGCAAUCUCUUCUAACUCCCCGAUCGGAGCUCGCCCUCUCUCCAUCUCCGUCUUGCCUUCUCUCUCGCCAUCGCUACAGCUCCUCCGCGGGACCUCACCGCGGGGAACAUCCUGCGCUUCAAUGUCCACUUCCUUCUCCUUGCGAUCCCGCCAAGGUGGAAGGGAUACAUCAGUCCUAGUCGUUGUGCUAGAAUCUAGCGAAACAUAUAUUGUUGUCAGUUUGUCAACUGGGAAUGACACCCAAGUUAUUUAUAUUGAACCAACCACUGGGCUGUUGUCAUAUAAUGGGCAUUGGGGACAUGAUAUUUUUCGUUCUGAAGAGGAGGCUUUGGACUACAUCACAGAUGGAUCUAGGUUGCUGUGUAAAGAGACCAUCUAUGCAAGAGCAUUGCUUGGUUAUUCAGCAUUAGGAAGCCUUGGGCUGCUUCUAGUUGCAACUGAGCUGUCUGCUACAGUUCCUAGUCUGCCUGGUGGUGGGCGUGUAUAUACGGUGACAGAAAGUAAGUGGAUUAAGAUUCCCCUUCAAAAUCCUCAAACUCAAGGGAAAGGUGAAUUAAAGAAUGUGAUGGAAUUAGCUGAGCUUGACAUUGACGGAAAGCACUUCUUUUGUGAAACAAGGGACAUUAGCAGGCCAUUUCCAAGCCGUAUGUCUCACCAGAAUCCUGAUGAUGAAUUUGUUUGGAACGGUUGGUUUUCAAAGCCUUUUAAGGACAUUGGUUUGCCAAACCACUGUGUCAUUCUUCUACAGGGGUUCGCGGAGUGUAGAAGUCUUAGCGGCUCUGGUCAACCAGUUGGAUUUGUUGCUCUAUUGGCUCGUCGUAGUAGGUUACAUCCCGGCACUCGAUAUUUGGCUAGAGGGCUGAAUGCUUGUUCUGGCACAGGAAAUGAAGUGGAAUGUGAGCAAAUUGUAUGGGUUGCCAAGAGAGCUGAAGAAAAUGUUCUUUUCAGCACGUAUGUCUGGCGACGGGGCACCAUCCCAAUUUGGUGGGGUGCAGAGCUAAGGUUGACAGCUGCAGAAGCUGAGAUUUAUGUUUCAGCUCAUGAUCCUUUCAAAGGUAGUCUACAGUAUUUCCAGAGACUAAGUAACAGAUAUGGUGCUAGAAACUCUGACCUUGCACUGGUCAAUCAAAAAAAGACUCCUUCGGUUCCUAUUGUCUGUGUUAACUUACUCAGAAAUGAGCCUAAAAGAUCAGAAGUUAUACUAGUAAAUUACUUUAAGAAAUGUGUAGAAUUUGUUAAUUCAACUGGAAAACUACGCGGCACACAUAUCAAAUUGAUAAAUUAUGACUGGCAUGCCACUGUCAAGACCAGAGGUGAGCAACAGACAAUUGAGGGGCUUUGGAAACUUCUCAAGGAACGUACCAUUGCCAUUGGUUUUCUCGAGGGAAUGUACUCUCCUUCAUCUGUGCAUUUAAAGGAAUUUAAAGGUGCAGUUGUCAGUAAUGAUGAUUUUGAAGGUGUGUUCUGUUUAAGGUCAUUUCAGAAUGGGGUGAUCCGGUUCAAUUGUGCAGAUUCUUUGGACAGAACAAAUGCUGCUAGUUUUUUUGGUUCUCUUCAGGUUUUUGUUGAACAGUGUCAUCGUUUGGGUAUCCCACUUGACAGGGAUGCAGCUUUUGGGUUUCCAUCAACAAAUAGAUACACAGAUUUUGGUAAUUAUCGUGGAUAUACUUCACCAUUACCAUCUGGAUGGGAGGAACGUUCUGAUGCUGUGACAGGGAAAACUUUUUACAUUGAUCAUAAUACAAGAACCACCACAUGGGAGCGUCCUUGCCAGGAUAAUACUUGGAAGAGAUUUGAUAUGACCUUUGAUCACUUUAAAAGCACAACACUAUCAGCUCCAAUAAAUCUGCUGGCUGAUCUUUUCCUUUUAGCAGGUGAUAUCCAUGCUACGCUGUAUACUGGUUCUAAAGCCAUGCACAGUCAGAUCCUAAAUAUUUUUGGUGAAGAUGGUGGGAAGUUCAAACAGUUUUCUGUUGCUCAAAAUGUCAAGAUAACCAUACAGCGUAGGUACAAAAACGUCAUUGUUGAUAGUUCUCGCCAGAAGCAGCUUGAAAUGUUUCUUGGAAUAAGGCUUUUCAAGCAUCUCCCCUCUGUUGCAGUUGAUCCUUUAAAAGUUUUAUCACGACCAUCUGGAUGCAUGCUGAAACCAGUCCCAAGUAUUGCUCCAACCGCUAAUGGUGGUUCUGGCCUUCUAAGUUUUAAAAAUAAAGACUUGAUAUGGGUAUGCCCACCAGCUGCAGAUGUAGUUGAAGUUUUUAUAUAUCUUAGAGAGCCUUGCCAUGUUUGCCAGCUUCUUCUUACAGUUUCACAUGGUGCUGAAGAUGCAUCAUAUCCUGCCACCGUUGAUGUUAGGACUGGAAGCAACUUAGAAGGGCUUAAGCUUGUCCUUGAGGGUGCUUGUAUUCCUCAGUGUUCCAAUGGCACAAACCUCUUGAUACCCUUGUCAGGAAAAAUAGAUCCAGAAGAUUUUGCUAUUACUGGUACUAGUACACGCUUUCUUGUUGAAGAAAAUCCCUACCUCCCUUUGUUGUAUGACUUUGAAGAACUUGAAGGAGAAUUAAAUUUUCUUACACGUGUUGUUGCACUUACAUUUUAUCCUGCUGUUCCUGGAAGAAUCCCCAUCACUCUUGGUGAGAUUGAAAUCCUUGGAGCUUCUCUUCCUUGGUCAAACAUAUUUAAUAAUAAAGACGCCGGUGCAAAAUUUAUCAAGCAUGUUUCUGAGAAAACUCAGUGGCCUGAUACUUCUGUAGCUGAUUCAGACAUGAAUGGCACCAGCAACCCUUUUCUUUCUGAUUCAUAUGAUGAUGGUGUCUCUGCUGCAUCUUCAUUGAAUAAUAAUGUUCCACAAUUAUCUCAGCCAAGUGUAGUCACUAAUUGGUUUGACCUUCUUACUGGAGAUGUUGAAUCUUCACAAUAUUUGUCUCAAACAGAGAUGCCAAACGCAGGAGAAAAAAUUCAUUCCACUAGUGGUGAUGCUCUAGAUUUUUUGGACAACUUUGAAACUGCUUCUAAAGUAUAUGCACAAUCACAAGAUGAAAACCAUGAAGGACCUGACAGAUCUGGCAGUACUCAGAAAUACAUUAAUUUAGUCAAGUCCCUUCUUGGCUCGCAAAAGGAUAAAAAAUUGAGCUUUUUGGAAGCCAUGAAGUUAGAAAUUGAGCGUCUGCGACUCAAUCUUUCUGCUGCUGAAAGAGAUAGAGCUCUUGUGUCAAUCAGUACUGUUCCUGCAACGCUAGAUCCGAAUCGUUUAAUUCAGGAUUCCUACAUGGUGAAGGUUUGCUAUUUUGCAAAGAGCCUCUCUUUGCUGGGUCAGGUAGCAUAUGAAGACGAGAUUAACGCUUCCAUUGGCCUAGAAUGUGUAGAUGACAAUGUUAUAGAUUUCUGGAACAGCUCUGAGCUUGGAAGAACCUGCUAUGGAGCAAUGUGUGAAGUUCGUGCUGAAAUCCAACCACCACCUACAAAAGCCUCUUCCCAUGAUUCUUCAUUGCUUCUGGUUUGUUUCCAAUGUGGAAGAAAGGCUUGUAAAGCUUGUUGUGCUGGGAAAGGGGCCACUUUGAUCAUGAGCAGUAGUUAUAAAGAUGCGAAAAUCUAUGGCGGUUUGGCAAGCCAGAGUGGUUCUGAUUUUGGUGCGCAGAGUGAAUUAGAUUUCUAUAAGAGUUCAACUUCUUCAGAUGAAGUUGUGUGUAAGAUAUGUUGUGGGGAAGUUGUUCUUCAUGCAUUAUUUGUGGAUUAUAUCAGGGUUUUGAGCAGUUUGCGAAGAAGAAAUCGUGAAUAUGAUUCAGCAUUUAAAGCUCUUAAUCAAGUCAUUCCUGAUUUGAAAGGGUUUCAUGGCUUUUCACAAGGUAUAGACACUGGAAAGAAGGUGCUGGAAAAGUUACUAAACGGAGAUGAAUCCCUUGCUGAAUUUCCAAAUGCAGGAAUAUUGCAUCCGGUUGAAACAGCAGUAGGCUCAGAACCCAUAUUGUCUUUGAUUGCACCACUUGGAAUUGGGGCUCAUCAUUCCUUUUGGAGAGCUCCAACAGGAGUAUCCACUGUAGAAUUUUCAGUUAUCCUUGGAAAUCUUGCUGAUGUCUCUGGGGUUGCAUUACUUGUCAGUUCAUGUGGCUAUUCAUCUUUUGAUUGCCCUACUGUACAAAUUUGGGCAAGCAAUAAAAUAAAUAGGGAGGAGCGUUCAUGCAUGGGAAAAUGGGAUCUCCAAUCUUUAGCAUCAUCAUCACCGCAGUUAUAUGGUCCAGAAAAAGUUGGCAGUGAAAAAAACGUGCCUAGGCACAUAAAGUUUCUGUUCCGUAAUUCUGUGAGGUGCCGGAUUAUCUGGAUAAUGUUAACCCUUCCGCAAUUUGGUUCAAGAUCAUUGAACUUGGAGGAGGAUUAUAAUCUUUUAUCAUUGGAUGAUAGUUCCUUUCCAGACACUAAAAGGCGUGCUUCUUUCAGUGGAAGUAUUGGGAGCCAGCCAUUUAUCCAUGCAAAACGGCUUAUCGUAUUUGGAAAACCUUUGCGAAAAGAAAUAGGCUCUGACACAUCAAUGCAAACCCCUGAAAAUUUAAAAUUCAGAAAUUUGUCAGACAGACCUCCACAAACAAACCGCUUCAGAGUUCCUGUUGAAGCUGAAAGGUUAAUGGAUAUGGACCUUGUGCUUGAACAGUAUCUAUCAUUGAAUGUACCUUUGAUAGCAGGAUUUCGUUUAGAUGCAUUCAAUGUAAUAAAACCACGUAUUACGCAUUCUCCUCCAUCUUCAGAUUCCAGUAUUUGGGGUUCUUCAUUGACUUGCUUGGAAGACAGGCAUAUUACUCCUGCUGUCUUGCAUAUCCAAGUUUCUGCUUAUCAGGAGCCCCGGAAUUUAUAUAUUGUUGGCGAAUAUCGAUUACCUGAGGUGAAAGCAGGGACUGCUCUUUACUUUGAUUUCCCCAGGCCGCUACAGACACAACGGCUUAUUUUCAGAUUAUUAGGAGAUGUGACGGCCUUCGCAGAUGACAUAGCUGAGCAAGAUGACUCUGAAAUCCGGUUUCCGUUGGCUUCGGGUCUAUCCCUGUCGAACAGAAUCAAGUUAUACUACCAUGCAGAUCCUUCUGAGCUUGGCAAAUUAGCCAGUCUCUCUGCAGUAUAAUCGAAAUACACCAUAACAUGCAAGUGCCUUGUAAUAUCAAUCAAUCAUUGCUUCAGAAAAACAAAAGAUGCACAACCUCUUCUUUGAAUGAUAAAUAGCUUCAGAUGAAAUUUUGCAAUUCAUUUAAAAGUGAUUCUUGUGUGCCAAAUAACUCAUUUGUAUUUGUGACUCUUAUUUAUUUAUCUUGCACUUUCAAUUUCUUUA